CAUAAACAGUAAAAAGCUGACAGUGUUCGAUCCGUUCGAUCCGUGUACAAUCCCUGUACCAGGGUUCUGUCCUAAGUGUUUUUUUUUGUUUUUAAUCGAAUAUCCGCCCCCGAAAUGCCCGAAUCAGUCUUAGCAGUUUUUGAGAAGGACAAUUUCAACGCUGAAAAAUAUGUCAAAGAACUCGUCCAAGAUUGUGUCGGUGGACCGGAACUGCAGCAAACCAAGGCGAAAAUCCAAAACCAUAGCGACACAGUCUCAUCCACGCUCAAAAAACAUGUUUACGAGAAUUACAUGCAGUUCAUCGAGACGGCAAAGGAAAUUUCCCAUUUAGAAUCCGAAAUGUAUCAAUUAUCGCACAUACUCAUUGAACAGCGAAAUUUGUUGUCCACGCUGCGGGAUGAAUCACUUCUGGACGAUCAGAAAUAUAUUAUUGAGGACGAAGGCACAUAUCCCAACGUAAACGAAGAGCAGCAGAACAAGAAGGCUAUCCAACUUAUCAAGGAAUCGCUGAUUGGCUAUAAGGGCAACUUGGAUGAUAAAGUGUUCAUUCACGAAGGCGGAUUGAUUGAGCUCGAUUCGAACGAUUACCGGCCGAUCUGUCGAAUUCAUCUGUUUCUGUUCAACGAAAUACUUGUUCUGGCCAAAGUGAAACAUGCCAAGAAACUUGAAUUCCUCUCCGAGUACGACACCAAAAAGAUUGCCGUAAUCAAUAUCAAGGAUCUGGACGGGAUCAACAAGAACGCGAUUAACGUUAUAACGAGUGAUGGCGCUCGGAUUUUCCAGUGUGUAAAUUCUGCCUCCAAGCUGGAGUGGAUAGAUAAAUUUGAGGUGGCAGUAAAGUUCAAUCAGUUGAAACACAAGAAGGGCCCCGCUCCGAAGCCGCCAACAACGUUGAAAUUCAAUCACCAAAGAUCGGUCGAUAGCGACCUGUUGAGUCCGACUGCGUCGGAGAUGGCCGCUGUCGUGGAGAACUUGGCCCCCGAUUGGUUGGCUUCUGCCCCGGAAGAGAUUCAGGCGGAGAUUGCUCAACGCCAUUUCGAGGAUUGUCUUACGCUGGUGCAAAAAUGCGAGGAGUAUCUUGUGAAAGAUAGUUCCUUCCAUGGGGCGGCCGAAGUGAGCGAAAAGAUCCAAGCGUUGAAAAACUCUCUGUCCUCGGUGCUCAUGCAGGAGUUAUCUGGUUUGCAGAGUAGAAGUUUACAGGCCGCUCUGAGAUCAAGUCGGCGCCCUCUGAAGCUGCUGGUCGAGAUGGGAAAGGCUCGGGAAGCUUGUGGGAUUCUGCUGAGGGUAUGCAGCAGUGCAAUCAGGAGUUCACAGCGCCAAGCCAGGAGAAACAAUUUGGCCGUUUCGGAGCUGUUCUUCUGUGAUGUAGCGCAAGUAGCGAGUGAAUUUUUGCGUGCUUUCAGUAGCAAAGCUUCGUGCACGAGUGCUUUAAUCGUGUGGUGUAACAUGGAAUUGCAACAUUUCACUUCUCAAUUGAUCAAACAUUACCUAACCAAGGACACCCAACUGGAAAUGGUGGCCAAAGUGGUGGAAGGCGUGCGACAGCCUUGCUCCAAACUAACUGUGAUUGGUUUGGAUUUGUCCUAUCACAUGGAAGGCUUGCUGAGGAACACUUUGGAGCAGUUGCUCGAGGAAGCCAAAUUUCGGUUGGUUGAUUCGAUUGGACGCACAGAGGAUGUGUGGCAGCCUUACAAUUUGCAAACCAAAACCAAUCUGCGAGCUAUUGUCAAGGAGCUCGACUCGCUUGGAGUGGAUAUGAAACCACUGGUAACCGGAGAUACCUGGAUCAAUCUGACCCAAGCCACGGUCAACUUUUGUCGGCACUUUCUUGCCACAACUGAAAGCUGCGCUUAUCUAGCGAUAUACGACUCGUUGAAACUGGACACGGAAAUGCUGUUGAAAGAACUGUUUGUUGCCCAACAUACGCUUAAACCGCCUCCUACUAUGGUUGUUGACCUUAAUUUUGUAUCGAAGAACAAAAACUAUAUGGGUGAGGUACUGCUUCCCAUCGCAAUCGCCCGCUUCGAAAAGAUUUGUAACAAAAAACCAGAGCUCCUGAUAGAGCUCCAGGUGCAGCUGAGAGGUCCACCGAAGCCGAAACCCCGCAGUGUUUACAAGACCGAUGUUAUAUAGGUUUGCUUGAUUUAUUUACUCAACAGGUAGUAAUGUUAUAUUUAUUCCAACUCUGGUUACUAGUAUGGGCGCAAAACGGUGCGAAUAAAACAGACCGAAUGGAAAAAAAACUACAGCUAAAUGUUUAUUGCUCUGAAUGC